AUGGCUACUACAGCUCACCAGCCCUCUCACUUCGAGACCGUUGCUUCAGACGCAGAUAUGCAAUUACUCGAUGCGCUCACCGGCCCUACUGUUCCCCGACAAGCCUUUCGUAGACGAGAGGCACCGUUCGAUCCUUUGAUUUAUGCUGCUGCUGUUUCUACAGGCCCUCAUGUAACCCGGCACCACUUUCACCACGAUUUCUUCCCCGCAGACGAAGCCGAAAACUGCAAAAUUGGCUCGUAUGUAAAAUGUGACGUGGAGAAUGAUUCGAGGCCUCGGUACGUCAGUCGCCAAAAGCCUCGUCGAGAAAGACUACGAGAGCUUGGUGUUACUGAGGAAGGUCUGGCUGCCGUCGGUAUUCCCGAGGACGCCAAAUUGGCAACAUCACCAAGCGCAGUUCCAUCUAAGCGCCGAAGAUCGUCCAUACUACCCUCGGCCGACCCGACACCGGCCAUUCAAGUCCUUCAGCUGCAAAAUCCGCCCUUGUUGGCGCCCGCUACUAUUUCAGGUCAAGCCCAAUCUAGACCACCUGUGGUCGUUCAAUGCCGGGCUCGUACUCGGAUUCCAACCCCUCAUGGGCCUGCUUUCUUGCAUAUAUACCACAACAACUGGGACUCCAAAGAGCACCUUGCCGUCGUUAUUGACCCAGCCCAAUUAAACCAAGAUGAGCCGAUGGUUCUUCCCCCUAUUCGUAGUCAAUCCCUCGAUGCAGUUUGGCGCGAGGGAGAAACCGAGAUGGAGCGUAUUGUACGAGGGGCAUACGUUGGACGCUUGUCAGCGAAUACAGUCAAUCCUUCGACUUCGGCCAGCUAUAGCGGUCAUACCCCCGAAGGUGUCCCUGCUCCCCUCAUUCGUAUUCAUUCAGAAUGUUUCACAGGCGAGACUAUUGGUAGCAUGCGCUGCGACUGUGGAGAACAGCUCGAUGAGGCGAUGAGGUUGAUUGCUCAGCCGAUACGAAUUCCGUCUACCGGACAGACCGUUCCAGGACGGGGUGCUGUUGUCUAUAUGCGCCAAGAAGGUCGUGGUAUCGGACUUCUUGAAAAGAUUCGUGCCUACAAUCUACAGGAUCUGGGACAUGACACAGUUACGGCCAACCUGCUACUCGGACAUGGCGCCGACGAACGAGGAUACGAAAUCGCCGCGGCAAUCUUGAGAGAUCUUGGACUCGGCGCCGAGUCGAACGAACCUGGCGCCCGCGGCGUAAGACUGCUCACCAAUAACCCUGAAAAGAUGGAAGCUCUUGAAAAGGAGAAAAUUAGAGUCGAGCAGCGGGUGGGCAUGGUCCCGCGCAGCUGGAAGACGCACACACAUACAGGCCGUGGUCGAGCGCGAACAAUCACUAGCAAGGACAACGCUGAAGAUUCUGAUGAUUCAUUUGACGAGCAUCAACUACGAAGGAGUGGCGCGACGUUGAUUGGUGGUGGUGCUGCUCAUGGCGUUGAGCUCGAGCGGUACCUUGCCACCAAGGUACAACGUAUGGGCCACAUGCUGGAACUUCCAACUUCCAGCAGUGCUCAAAGUCCCGUGUCGGAUGCCGGGCUGGUACCAGUCUCGCAAGCGGCUUCAGAUGACGAAGAUGGGGCUGAGGUCAUGAUGAAGUCUGUUGGGUCGCUCCCCGAUCUUGAGUUCGACUCGGCUUCAUACAAAUCUCGCAGCGUUUCUCCUGAUUUUUGA